CUUGCAACCUUCUCUUCCUUCCAUUUUCUCUCUCUAGAAUUUCUCUCUCCUCAUUUUUCAGUAUCUCCCUUCGAAAUUCACAUUCUUAGACCAAAAAAUGGAGAGAUUUUACAGAUACGGCCUAGAGAGAGAAACCCAAUGAAGCAAAGAAAGAGAUUUUAGAGAGAGGGGUCUAGUGAGAGAAAGGACUAGAGUUUCUCUCCUCAAACCAGGCCUGGCGUAAAACCUAAGAAAAGAAAGAAAAUUGAACUCCCAUACGUGGGGAAUGAAGUAGUAGAGAGAGAAAGGAGAGGAGAGAGGAGUCUACGGUUUACAUUUUAGAGAGAGAAAGAGGUCUGUCUUGAAAAGAGAGAGGUAGGGUGGUCCAAAGAAAGAGAAACAAAUCAGAUCUUGCUGGUUUAUCUAGAGAGAAUAAAAUACAGACGAGAAUGGCGCUUACAGAGAGAAAGUGGAGGUGUGUGUUUUUAGAGAGAGAAAGAUAAGCACGCAGAGGGGGUUGAGGUGGCAGGUGACGUUGGGUGGUGGCGACGCGUAGCAAGGCGCCGCACCAUGGACGAAUCAAGACAAGGGGCCUGAGCCCUAACCUCCUAAAGUAACCCUAUUAUUAUUUCUAGAGAGAGAAACUUAGAAGCACCGCUUCUUGGCUCCACCCACCGCCUUACGCAUGGCCACUUUCUCUCUCUACAAGCUUUUAGUGGGUUUUCUUUGGCUCACCGGCAUCGGGGCGCGAUCUGUGCCAUUUUGCAUCCAGUGAGAAAAGCCACGAAGUAAACCAAGGGUUAGAGAGAGAAAGAGAGAGCUGAGGCAAUGGCGGCUAUAGCCUGAAUCCGGCCAAAUAUUUUGCCCAUUUCCGGCGAGCUUAUCACCGCCUGACAAGUAGUAUAACAUGGUGGCUUCUUUCUAGGUUUUGGGGAGUUUGGGCUUUUGCUUUCUCUCAUUCUCUCUCUAACGGGUUGCACCAUUUCUCCGGUUUUCGUUGUUUUACUACCUCUUUCUCUCUCUACCUUGGCUUUUUCUGAUGGUUGGGUACAUCAUUUCGACUGUUUUUGUUGGUUUUUGAUAGCUCACGAGCUCUAUCUCGGAUUUUUUGUUUCCCAUCUUUCAUCUUGUCCUAUUUGGCUUUUUCAGUCUCUCUCUUUCUGGUUUUUGAUUCUUCAGGUGAUCUUACCGUGUAUCUUCUUCUUGAUUUUGAUUGUGUAGGUUAGCGAUCUCUCUCUGUUGGAUCACAGCAGCUAUCUCUCACUAAAAUUCUUAGGUUUUGGAUCACAGGCCCUCUCUCUCUCUAAAAUUUUCAAGGUUUGUGAAUUACGGGGCACAGUCCUUGCUUCUUUGGUGGCGAUGAACCAUGUUUUCUCUCUUAUUUUAGGGGUUUCAUGGUUCUCGCUUGUGGGUGAGAUUUGGCCCGAAAUACCAUUCUCUCCAGUUGGGAGGUUUUCCCUGAGUGACCUUUCUCUCUCUAAGAUUUCUUAGGGUUUCAUGUUCGGAUAAACUCUAACCCUAACGGCCUUUCUCUCUCUAAAAUUGCUGAAUCUGGGAUUUCUUUUCAUGAUUUUUUAGCCACCUUCAUGAUUUAUUCGGCACUGUUUGACGGCAGUCCGGGCCCAAGGAUCUUUUCUUUGGGCCGUCUUUUUCCUUGUAUGGAUAAACUGAUUUUUUAUAGAAAACCACGGUGGGGACUCUGUUUUUGUUAGUACGAUAAUGUUUAUUACAGUAGGUACUUUCUCUCUCUAGAUUUUUCUCCAGACUUUUCCGUGGAUCUUCUUAGAGAUAUAUACCUUAAGGGUUUCCCUAAGAUUACAAUGUAAAAAAUAUAAAUUAACAAUCUUGUAUCAACUUUGAUCGCCUACUAAGCUUUGAGAGAGAGCACUAAGUUCAGUGACAGAAAGCUUCAGAGUUUAGUGACAGAAAGCUCCACAAUGAGCAACGGUCAUCUUCAAGAGGAAGAAGGCGAAGAGAGAAGCUCGCCUGCCCCGGAAGAGGAGACACCACCACCACAAAUUAAAACGGACGAUAUGAUCGAAAAAGAGGACUUACAGGUCGAUAUUGUGGCGGAGAGUUACGGAGAAUUUCUCCCUCUAGAAGUGGAUGAUCCUACCCCAGCCAUCUUCUAUGGUGUCUUUCCCUCUCUAGAUGAGUUCCCCUGCUUCUCCGCCUCCUCUUCUCACUCUUCGAAUUCAUCAUGCUCCUCCUCGUCUUCGAGUUCAGCCACCCCAUGGUUGCAACAAAACGAGGAGAAACCAGCCACUGCAAAAGCUAGCGGUGAAAGUAGCAGUGCUUUCCUAGAUCCAGUGCCUGAAGACAAAAUGGAAAUUCUCGCAGAAUUAGAAGACAUGGAGCUCUUGGAUACACCGGACCUAUGGGAUCCACCCUCUUCUCCCUUCUUCUCUGAACCGACCACCUAUAAUGGUGGUUCCGGUGAUUUCAGUGGUGGUUCUCAAGUUUCACCCACAAAUGAUGAAGACUCACCUUCGGAUGAGCUUGCUAAGGUGUUCUUUGAAUGGCUUAAAUCGAACAAAGAAUCAAUUUCGCCAGAAGAGUUGAGGAGCAUAAAGCUUCGUCGCUCCACCAUAGAGAGUGCGGCUCGGCGACUAGGUGGUGGUCGGGAGGGCAUGAUGCAGCUCCUCAAGCUUAUAUUAGCAUGGGUACAAAACCACCACUUGCAAAGGAGGAGAAACGCUGAGUCUCUCUCUCUCCAAAACCAGCCCCACCCACUUUCCCUCUCUAACCCGCCCCGCUGCAACCCUUCUCUCUCUAACCCACACCUCUCCAACCCUUCGCUCCCUAACCCAUCUCCCUCCACCCCUCCUCUCUCUAACGCAUGGGUGGCUUCAGCUCCAAACUAUGUAGACCCAUGCAUGAAUGCAUAUCCUCUCCCAUCCCAACUCGGCUGCCCUGACCUAGGUUUCAGCCAUGGUGGUCCUGAUAAUAUGUUGUUGGGCGAUGGGGUGUAUGGUGGGAACAGAUUUUCUGGUUGUCAGGUGAAUUUUCAGGGGGAGCGCGGACAUUUUCCGGUUGAUCCUGGCCAUUUCCCUGUGGAUCACAGUAACUUCCCAGCGAUGUGGGCGGCCCACCACUCGAUCCUCGGCCUGAACCCAGGUGGCUCGUUUCUAGGGUUUUCGAACCCGGCCAUGGUGCAUGGUGAUUGCACCAUGGCUUCGGCUACGAAGGAGGCGAGGAAGAAGAGGAUGGCCAGACAAAGGAGGUUUCUCUCUCAUCAUCACCACAGUCAUGGUCACCAUGGUAGGCACAAUGGGGAGCAUGGGAGAGGGAUGCAGGUUAAUGAGGAGGGUUUGGUGAGUAAUGGGGGCGAGAAGAGAGGAGUGUGGUCUUCGAGCUCUGUAAUGGAGGGCGGUGUAUCUGAUCAUGUUUUGGUGCAUGGUCAGGGUUUCAAUAGGCAUGUGGCUUCUGAGAGGCGCCAGGGGUGGAAGCCAGAGAAGAACCUGAAAUUCUUGCUUCAGAAGGUGCUAAAGCAAAGCGACGUGGGCAACCUUGGCAGAAUCGUCUUGCCAAAAAAGGAAGCUGAAACCCAUUUGCCUGAGCUCGAGGCAAGAGAUGGCAUCACCAUUGUCAUGGAAGAUAUAGGGACCUCUCGUGUUUGGAACAUGCGUUACAGAUUCUGGCCCAACAACAAGAGCAGGAUGUAUCUGCUUGAGAACACGGGGGACUUUGUUCGCUCUAAUGGCCUACAGGAAGGGGAUUUCAUUGUAAUUUACUCCGAUACUAAGUGUGGUAAAUAUAUGAUCAGAGGCGUCAAGGUUCCAAGACAAGAAUCGAAGGCAGAAACCAAGAUGCCUAUGAUCAAAGUCCAGAAGACAUUGCACGCCUCCUCUAUAAAGCCACCACCACCUUCCUCUUCCACUCAUGGUGAUGAUGCCUCCUCUCUCCUCGAAGCUGUCACGCUCUCUCUCCCUAGCUCAUCCUGUGCAUGAUGUUGGGCGUUCAACUUGAAAUCUUCUUCUGGAUAAAUAAUGUAUCUAGUUUUGGAUAUAUAUUAUUCAUCUUCUCUGAAGGGUGAUGAUUAGAAGGGUGAAGAAAAAUGAAAUGUGGGUAUUUAGAAGGGUUAGAAAAGAAAAGAAAAAAAAGAAAAGGGAAUUGUGUUGUUGUAAGGAUCUUGAAGAGAGCCUAUGUAUUUUUGUAUCCUCUUUUUCAAAAAAAUUGUUGUUAUCAAUCAAUUGUUAGUAUUGUUAUUCCUAUUUUGAGUGAAUUUUGAGGGGAUAUAUGUAAGUUAUGGAUCUUGGAAAUUGUCAUUCUCGAAAAAUGAUCGCCGUGUUUAUGGACUUUGGAUCUCAAAUGUUGACCAGGUGAGAUGAAAGAGGUGGUUGGAUUUUAGUGAGAAAGCGGGAAGAGACAAAGAUG